AUGAACGGGCAAAUCAUAAAUGCUUCUGGCCACAAAGACGUGUUGCAACGACAAUAUGGUCUGUUGAGUAUUUGUGGUUUGGCAUUGACGGUGGACAACGCUUGGGUGGCUCUUGGAACCUCUCUCGCAGUCAGUAUCUACAAUGGCGGACCACCUGGUAUCAUCUGGGAGCUCUGGAUUGCAGCAUUUUACUACGCCUUCAUCAACGCAUCCAUCGCCGAGCUUGCAUCUUCAGUUCCCUCUUCUGGCGGAGUUUAUCACUGGGCGUCCAUUACUCCAGGACCAAAAUGGGGACGUUCAAUCGGAUUUUUCGCUGGCGCGCUCAACUAUUUCGGCUGGCUUUUCGACCUCGCGUCCAUCGUCUACAUCAUGUCCGAGUUGUGCGUCCAGAUGUACUUCUUGUAUCAUCCGACCUAUGUCAUUCAGUCCUGGAAUAUCUUUGUCGGCCUGUUAUUGAUCACUAUAAUAUGCGUUUCGGUCACCAUCUUCUUCAACGGCAUCCUGCCGUAUAUGCAGCACUUCGGUCUCUUCAUCGUUACCAUAGGUGGUGUCGUCACAAUUAUCACCCUCGCAGCGAUGCCCUCGAAGCACGCUACGUCAAGCUUUGUAUGGACCAAUUUCCAGAACGAUACCGGCUGGAGUGGUGGAAUCGCCUUUCUUACCGGUGUCCUGAACGGCGCUUUCACGAUUGGAACUCCUGAUGCCGUCACUCAUAUGGCCGAAGAACUUCCUAACCCGAAACGAGACCUCCCCAAGGCCAUCUUUGCGCAGAUCGGCCUCGGCUUCAUAUAUGCCUUCUGCUUCGCCAUCGCCCUGUUCUAUGGCGUCAGCGACCUUAGUGCUGUUCAGUCCAGCAAUGGCUCCUUCCCUCUCGCCCAGGCUUACUACCAGGCUACCGGUAGUACGGCCGCCACCUUCGGUCUGUUAUUCAUCAUCUUCUUGUCGCUGACACCGUGCUUGAUCGGGACAUUCCUUACGGUCGGUCGGACGUGGUGGGCACUUGCUCGAGAUAAUGCGGUACCGUUCUCGGGAUUCUUCAGCCGGGCCAACGAAAAACUCAGCUGUCCCGUUCAAGCCACGGUCCUGACAGGACUCUUGACAAUCGGACUUGGUGCGAUCACGCUCGGUAGCAAGACCGCAUUCACGGAUCUUGCUGGAUCAUUCAUUAUUCUCAGCAGUACCUCAUACGCGUUGGCUUUUGCACCAAACAUGUUCACUGGGCGGAAAUACAUGCCCGCCGGACCAUUCUACAUGGGCAAAUGGGGCUAUGCUGUGAAUGGCAUUGCGACGUGCUUUAUCAUCUUCUUCAACAUUCUCUACUGCUUUCCGUACGCUCUGCCGACCACGACAGCAGCAAUGAAUUAUAAUGCGGUCAUUCUUGCCGGUGUGCUAUUUUUGACUACGUUCUGGUGGCUUGUUCAUGCCAUGAAGAACUACGACGGACCAAAUGUGCAAGGCAUGGUUGAGGCCAAUAUGGCUGAAGCGAGGAGGGCGUCGAGAGCGGCCUCGAAGGCGUAA